CAUACAAUCGAGGGCUGGGAGUUGAAGGGGCCCGAACGAGAGGCCUGCCGCUUGACCCUGGUCCGAAGGGGCGGACAGUUUGAGUUAUUAAUCCAGUUUUAUGAAAAGGAGGUGCCUGUACAAGAUGUCAUUCCUAUUAAUAGCCACUUUAAAUGUAUACAAGAAGCAGACGAAACACUACUGAUUGAUAUAGCAGCCAACACUCCCUGCAAAAUCCGAGUCCAGGGUGAUUGGGGUACUUCAGAGCGUUUCUUUGAAAUCCCUGAUGAGGAUCGGUGCCUAACUUUUCUCACAGACAUCCUUGCUGCUCAAGAUGCUUAUAAACCUAGUGCAGUUUCUGAAAUCAAGGAAUCCACCAGCUGGUACCAGAAAUUAGAAACUUCAGAAAAAACUGCCAGUGAAUCCGAUGUUGCAGGAGUGCUUGGAUUUGAAGAUAACUUCACUGAAAUGAGUUUGGAGAAGAAAAGAAAUAUACACAACAGGCAGAUGAGGACCCGCCGGGAGCCCCCACCACCUCCCAGCCACAUAAGCAAAUCGUUUUUACGUGAAAAGGAAGCUGUAGGCAAAGAUCAGCCAAAAGUGACUAACACCAUGCGGAAGCUGUUUGUGCCCACCCCUCAGACUGGACAGCGAGAGGGGCUCAUCAGACACAUUCUGGCUAAGCGAGAAAAAGAAUAUGUGAAUAUUCAGCCUUUCAGAUUCUUUAUUGGAACAUGGAAUGUGAAUGGUCAGUCACCAGACAGUGCUUUGGAACCGUGGCUGAACUGUGAUACUGAUCCUCCAGAUAUUUACUGCCUUGGAUUUCAAGAACUGGAUUUAAGCACUGAAGCUUUCUUUUACUUUGAGUCUACCAAGGAGCAGGAGUGGCUGACUUCUGUGGACAGAGCCUUACACUACAAAGCCAAAUAUAAGAAAGUUCAGUUGGUCCGCUUGGUUGGGAUGAUGCUACUUAUAUUUGCCAAAAAGGACCAAUGUAAAUUUCUCCAUGAUAUUGUGACAGAAACUGUGGGAACAGGACUCAUGGGAAAAAUGGGUAACAAAGGAGCUGUUGCCGUGAGAUUUUUGUUCCACAACACUACAUUUUGCAUUGUUAAUUCCCAUCUGGCUGCCCAUGUGGAAGACUUUGAACGUCGAAAUCAGGAUUAUAAAGACAUCUGUUCCCGAAUGUCUUUCUUUGUCCCAAAUCAGGGUCAUCUGAACAUCAUGAAGCAUGAUGUCGUCAUUUGGUUGGGAGAUUUGAACUACAGACUCUGCAUGCCUGAUGCCAAUGAAGUGAAAAUGCUAAUUAACAGAAACGAACUUCAGAAGCUCUUGAAGCUGGACCAGCUAAACAUUCAACGUUCUCACAAGAAGGCAUUUGCUGACUUUACUGAAGGGGAAAUUAGAUUUAUGCCCACCUACAAGUUUGACCCGAAAACAGACAGAUGGGAUUCCAGUGGGAAAUGUCGUACUCCUGCAUGGUGUGACCGAAUCCUUUGGAGAGGGAGUAACAUUAAUCAGCUGCGCUACUGGAGUCACAUGGAGCUUAAAACCAGUGACCACAAACCUGUCAGUUCUGUCUUCCUCAUUGGGGUGAAAGUAGUGGAUGACAGAAGAUACAGAAAAGUAUUUGAGGACAGUGUUCGCAUUAUGGAUAGAAUGGAAAAUGAUUUUCUUCCUUCAUUAGAACUCAGCAAGAGAGAAUUUGUAUUUGAGAAGGUGAAAUUCCGUCAGCUGCAGAAGCAGAAAUUCCAGGUCACCAACAACGGCCACGUGCCCUGCCAUUUUUCCUUCAUCCCUAAACUCAGUGACAGCCAAUACUGCAAACCCUGGCUUCGGGCUGAACCCUGUGAAGGCUACUUAGAACCAAGUGAGACUGUUGAUAUUUCCUUGGAUGUCUAUGUCAGUAAAGACUCAGUGACAAUCCUGAAUUCUGGAGAAGAUAAGAUUGAAGAUAUUCUUGUCCUUCAUUUGGAUCGAGGCAAAGAUUACUUCUUGACCAUCAGUGGAAAUUACCUCCCUAGCUGCUUUGGCACAUCCUUGGAAGCUUUGUGCCGUAUGAAAAGACCAAUUCGAGAAGUUCCUGUUACCAAACUCAUCGACCUGGGAGAAGACACCUUUGUUGAAAAGGAAAGCCCUCUUCUGCCAUUGGCUCCUUCGGAGGGGAGUGUUGGUGACAGACCUCUUCAGGUUCCCAAAGAAAUCUGGCUUUUAGUGGAUCACUUGUAUAAAAAUAGCUGCCAACAGGAGGACCUGUUCCAGACCCCUGGCAUGCAAGAAGAAUUACAACAAAUCAUUGAUUGCCUGGAUACCAGCAUUCCUGAGACAAUCCCUGGUAGCAAUCACUCUGUGGCCGAAGCACUUCUCAUCUUCCUGGAAGCCCUACCAGAGCCCGUCAUUUGUUAUGAACUAUAUCAGAGAUGCCUUGACUAUUCCCAUGACCCACGCCUCUCUCGACAGGUGAUUUCACAUCUUCCACGGUGUCACAGAAACGUUUUCCGGUACCUGAUGUCUUUCCUUCGGGAGCUCUUGAAGCAUUCUAAGACAAAUAAUAUCAACGUCAACAUGAUUGCCAAUCUCUUCUCUGGACUCCUGCUGCGACCUUCACCUAAUCUGAUGUCAAGACAGACUCCAACUGAUCGCCAGCAUGCUAUCCAGUUCCUCUUGGGGUUCCUGCUUAGCGGUGAUGAAGACUAAUUCUCUUCAUCUCACAUCCUCCACCCCUUCCUGAGAUUCUAGUUUGGAGGAUCAUUAGCUUUGAGUAUUAAGAAUUAGUUGAAAGAGUUUUUGCCACCAGGGGAGUUGCACAGCUUUGAGGCUGCUGGCCAUCAAAAAUCUACAGUUUACAGUACUUAGGGGAGUCUUUUAGUAGCUCCUCCACCCACCAAAACACAAAUGACAUGUCCUUAUACAUUAGAGAAUUUCAAACUCGACAUAUUGCCAAGCCAAAGUCUCCACAUUUUGGUAGUUAUGUGCUUUAUCUUUAUGGGACAAAGAGAUACGUAUUAACACUUCAGUGUUCUCCAAAUCUGUUUGUUGCCCAAAUCUGACUGUCUUAUCUGUGUUUAGCACCCUAGACUUGGGAUUUGAGAUGUGAACAUUCUAGACUGAUAUGCACUAUUUUGCUUUAGAUGAGAUUUGUAUCUGGUCAUUUAUCUGAAACAUCUUUGGCUCUCUUCCCCCCCAUUCCCAUUUGCACCCCCACUUUACCAGUAGUAUCACUUUGGAGAAGGUCUGGCUGGGUAAGGCUCCUUGGGUGACUUACUCGUCUCACUGCCAGAAUUUGUGCACUUUUACUAUAGUGACAUUUAUGUGUCUCAAUCUGUUUAUGUGCCUCCAAUGGCUAGGGCCAUCUUCCCUUCUCUCGAACCAUAUCCAGCAACUGAACCUUAGUGACUACUGGAAAAGGAACUUAGUUCUAAUGGCCCAUUGGCCUCAGAGGCCCACAACCAAAUUGAUUGCAACUUGGGUACCUUGAGGAUGUAAGUCCUUCCAUCUGGGCGGUGCAGGUAUGAGGAAUAAUUGGCUCUGGGUGUCCCUGGGACUUCCUCCCAGCCUUGGAAUCUCAUCUUCCCAAACAGCACUUAGACACCACAUAAAAGUGUUGGGGCUAACCUCAGAAUCCUCAGGAACUUCCUGCCAUUCAUCCUCAGUACCAAAGGGCAAUCAGAAUCCCCUUGCUCACCCAAAAACAUGCUCCUUCAAGGGUUUAUGAUCAAGGUAUACAAUAUUUGAGGAACUUCUAGUAUAACACACAACCACCUUUUGAAGUAUUAGGUUAAAGAGGCAACAGUUUACCAGAUGACAUCGGGGCCAACAAAGCACCUUAUUACCCCAACCUUUACCAUCUUUCUGAAUUGUUCAUUGAGUGGACCAGUAGGUCCUUUGUUCCCUUCAUGCCCACCCCCCGAUUUGUUUUUUUAUUUAACUUUUAUUAGUAAGCAGGUUGGUUUGCCCAUCAAAUUGCUUGAUGGGGAAAUCACCCCACUCCACCCCUUGAGAGCCACAAUAGGAAGUGACUCAUUCUUGCCUUCUCUUGAAAAUGCCAUUAGAAGUGCUUGACAUACAGUCCUUUUAUUCUGUUUGUGCAUUGGGCACUUGUUCCUUAAGCAUACUUAAUGGAGGGACAUUGGAAGCCAUGCUCCAAAUGGCUCUUCAAUCUCCUGAAAAUUAUUUUUGACAUGGAAGAAAUGUUAUUCUACCUGACCGAGAAAGCCAACCCGAUUCAGCCUUUUGGAAAUAAGCAAGUUUCGGUGCCAAACGGUAUGAAAGAUCUGUUAGCCAAACUAGACCAAAAAAAUCCCCCUGGGGCUAACAGAAGACAGCAGUCAUUAAGGUCUUACCUAUUUCCAAUGGUCCUGAAAGUUGGGGAGAUUGUAGGAAUUAGGAUGUGGGCAUGGCAAAGGGCAGGGAAGGAGCUUUGCAGAUGAGCUUUCUGCUUGAUGGUCAUCUUGGAAUCUCAAAGGUCAGCAGGGAUGUGUGGCUAUUGGCUGUUAGUGGGUAGUAAGUGUGUGGCCACCAUACCGAUUCCAUUUUAAGAUCAAAGUACCAAGUCAUUUUUCUGCCUCUGUCUGUUCCGUAGCUCUGGCCACAAGAUGUUACCAGAGCUGAGGGCUUUGGACAAUCUGUAGUAGGAGUUUGGGGGGAGGGGGAAGCUCCAGGUCAGAGGUGCUUCUCUGCUCUGGCUACCUGCUCCAGGCUUCCAGCCUCCACUAAAGUACCUCUUGUGUUCAUUCAUUAUUGCCGCUGAAGUUGGAUUCUGUAUCCAGCUGAUGGGGAGAAAGUUGGCAUUUACUGUUGUUGUUGUUGUUGUUGUUGUUUGUUGUUGAAAAAGAUUCCAACCCUUGGGGGAUUUCUUGUUUCUUUCUUGUUUUUUCUUUGUUUUGACUCAACUUUAAAAUAGGUUUUUUUUUUUGUCUCGUUUUUCCCCAAGGGGUCUUAGCUGCUAGUAGAGCCCCCCCUUUAUCUUUUUGGUAUCUUUUUUAUUAUUAUAAUUUAUUGGAAAACUCAACAUUUCCUUGAAUAAAAUCUGUGUUGUACAAUA